UAACUCAAGGAUAAAUUCUGGUUAUCUUCUCUUCCUUUCCCCUUUCAUGAAAUGCCGUCGCUGUCGUCCGGUCACGUCAGCGGCGGAUUCUCCGCCGCCACUGUCAGUUCUCCGUUUCCCCUGUCAUGUUUAGUCUUCUCCAUUGUUCAUUCUUCACCUUUUUCUCACAUCCCAUUUUUGUGAAACUUGUGAUAUCAUCUUCCCAUGCCAAAAUCCCCCCCACAACCCAAUGCUUCGACCUCGGGAAGAAAAGGUGAUUCGGCUCGCAAAAUGGGUCGACCCAGAUUUCCUAUUUCCUCCCCUAUAAAUCCGAGCAACAAUGAAAGCCAGAAUACAAAGAGUGAACUACGGUAAGAAAUUGAGCUAAUCUUUUUAGGUUUACAAGUAUGAGAUUUAGGCAGAGAAAGAAAGUGAACAACAAAAUGGUGACACCAGUGGAGCAUGUAUCUAUCCCUCAUGACCUCCCUGAGUUCUUUAAGAUUUUUCACCCUGAAAUAUGCUACCCCCAACUGAGAAUUCCACCUGCAUUUAUCAAGUUUUUCAAUGGAGAUAUUCCUUCGAUAUGUGUGCUUGAAGAUCUUGCUGCGAGAACAUGGAAGGUGGUUGUAGAAAGGAACGACGGUGAUUUCUUUUUCAUGGAAAGUUGGCCAGACUUUGUGUUGGAUAAUAAUUUGGAAUAUGGAGAUUUUCUAACAUUUUCAUAUCCUGGAAACUCGAAGUUUUAUGUUAAGAUAUAUGGGAAAAACGGUUGCCUAAAGCAGGAUGUAACAGCUCUCAAAGAGCCUGAGCUGCUUCCAUUGGUUGAAGAAAAUGCACGGGGAAAAAGCAUUGUAGCUGAGCCUGCUGAUCAAACAGAUAAUGAGUCAGGAGACAUGGCUGCUUCAGUCACUUCAUUUGAAAUUGUCAUUAAGGCAUCCCACUUGAACAGAGCACGCUUGAAUUUGCCAGCUCCAUUUGGCAAUUGUUACUUGAAGAGGAAGCAGCGACCACUUUUGGCUACUCUUCGAACUGAUAGUGGUAGCUGGACGAUUGUUCCUCAAUAUUAUGAUAGAUUGGAACUUCGGGAAGGGAUGCAGAAAUUUAUAGACGACAAUGCUUUACGCGUAAAUGAUGUUUGCCGAUUUAAGCUGAUUGAUGAUGAGAAGUUAAUACUGAAAGUUCGCAUUAAGCGACAGCCCAAGUAA